AUGACAAACUUCUUGAGUCUACCACCCGAACUUCGGGAGCAGAUCUAUCUUGAGCUGCUUGUCGAUUCGUCGAAAAACCAAGAUCGGAUCAUGCUCACCCUUGACAAAGAUGGCCACUUUGUAUGGAAUCGGAUCACCCAGCUUUCACCUCCAGACGAUGAGCUCAUCACGGACGAUCAGCCUGCGCCCACUCCAUCUUCGAUCAAGCACCUGGACUACAGCAAUCUUUGGUCGCUUGCUCGAGUUAACAGCCUGCUCUACGCAGAAGCAACUCCGAUCAUGUACGCUAAUGCGAACCUCGAGUACACUUUUGGCGACAGUUGCUUUGUCGACGGAAAUUCUGUCCUUCUCCAAACCUUUCUCAACAAGCUCCGACCUGCAACAUGCGCCCUCUACCGUCAAAUGACUAUUGUCAAUGGCAAGAAUCUGUCUGCUAAGGCCAUGAGGUUCAUCGUCAACAUUCUCAAUUCCAAACUACCCUGUGUGAUGUCGCUCAGUCUACGAGCCAUCGAUCCGCACACUGAGGUUUGGCUGAACAAUGAAUCUCCUGAAUGGCUCAAGGAACACAUGCAACUCAUGGCAGCUGCCAGGCCUUUGUCCUGUCUCACCUCAAGUCCCAAAAUCUCUCUGAAGACACGGCUCUGCUUCUGCCUUGACUACAACUAUUUUGACCCGGAUCCGGAAACACAGUUGAUCAUGCUUAUUCUGCGAGGACUAAUGGAGACGGAAGUUUGGCGCCGUCAAGCUCAAAACGAUCAUGCCAUGAACUGCGAAGAAGGUCAUUAUCUUCAGCUCACUUAUGCUUUGCGCUCUACAAUGACCGAGACAACGAACGAUGAGACAACGACUGAGGAUGUGGAAGAGAUCGAUGAUAUUGAGGCCAGGCUCAUGGAACACCAGGCGUCUAUGAAGCAGAUCGAGGAGUGCAAGCAUUGGAGAAUGACCAUGGAUGGCAAGUUGCGCGAGAUGCCUUCCUAG